AUGAAGUUCUCCACUGUCACCCUGGCUAUUUUUGCUCUGGCCACCACUGGCCUCGCCAAGAAGACUUGCACCCCCAGUUUUGACUACUGCGCCGCCGAGCUCACCAAAUCCAAGGGUUUCACCAAUGAUGAUCUGAAAGACGUGCUGAAGGGGACCGAUCUUGAGACGGAGCCAUUGAAGAAUGUGCUGUUUCACUGCAAAAACCCCGGAAUUGUUGGCCACCCCAAGCUUUGCAAGAGUGGCUGCAACGAUUCAGAGCAGGAGGGUAGCCACUCAUGUUCGGGGUAA